CCAGAAGUGAUUACGUCUUCUCCUAGUCAAUAUAUUGUGUUUAACUUAACAUCAUAUGAUUCAUAUGUUAUCGAUUUAAUUAAUGAAAGUUUGUCAGAAACGUGUGCAAAAGUCAGUUGUGGAGUUCAAAUUAUGCUUGUUGAAAGCGUUUUGAAGGAUCAAUAAUCAAAAUUCGGUUUAAAAAGAGCCAUGGGCUUUUACAUUGCUGUGCACGACAUAGGAUAGCUGUUGCUAUGGCUUUUAUCCUUAUUUUUAUCAUAAUAUUUAAUUACAUUAUACAGUAUAUUCAUAUGCACGAAACAGAAAAAUCUUAUGGACAUAUAAAAAAGGCGAUAAAGGGGCGUUUCAGAAAUAUAUACAACUCAAAUUUACUCCUAGUCAAUCAUAACCAAAGUGAUUUUGAAGAAAAUCAAAUCAAUCCUGAAAAAUGUACAGUAAUUCAUAUUGGAAUUGUUUGUGCUGGUUACCAAGCUAAUUUGUAUUUUCACACCAUGUUAAAAUCUAUUUAUUUCUACAGAAGCAAUCCUUUGCAUUUCCAUAUUUUAGUUAAUAAGUUAUCCGAAAAAGUAUUGUUGAAUUUGUUUGAGACUUGGGAUGUACCGCAAGUUUCUGUUACAUUUUACGAUAUUAGUAAUCUAGUCGAAGAAGUCAAAUGGGUGCCAAACAAUCAUUAUUCUGGUAUUUACGGCCUUUUAAAACUCUUAUUUCACAAAAUCAUUUCCGAGCACAUUCCUCAACUCAUAGUAUUAGACAUGGACCUAACUUUUAAUGGCGACAUCAUCGAUUUGUGGAAUAUCUUCAAAAAUUUUAAUUCCAGCCAAAUGAUUGGCUUGGUCGACAACCAAAGUGACUAUUAUUUAUCAAAAUCUCGUUGGCCAGCUAUAGGAAGAGGUUUUAAUACAGGUGUUAUCCUUUAUGACCUUGAAAAACUUCGAAAAAGGAAUUGGGAUGAACUUUGGAAUAUUGUAGCUAAACACACAGCUAUAAAGUAUGGCGAAACGUCUUUAGCUGAUCAAGAUAUUAUGAAUGCAAUUUUAAAAGAGUAUCCAGAACUUUUGUACCAAGUGCCUUGCUAUUGGAACACGCAACUGAGCGUAAAUACGCAAAGCGCGAAUUGUUACAAUAACCAUCGUAUUAAAAUCAUUCAUUGGAACUCUCCUUAUAAAUUUAAUGUUGUUAACAAAGAUGGAGAUUAUUUCCGCAGUAUUUACACGACGUUUUUGGAAUUGAAUGGAAAUUUGUUGAAAAGAAUAUUGUAUGAUUGUUCAGGUGUUAAAAAUCAAGAAGAAUCUAUCGAAGAAGAUGCUUGUUCUGAGUUUCAUAAAGCUAAAACUAAUAAAUGGAGGACUUUCUUGUUCUUUAGAAAAUUUGAGUAUACACCUUUAGUUAACGACGUUACUUUUGUCGCUCAGUUUAGUUACGAUCGUUUACAAUUACUUGAAGAACUUUGUCAACACUGGGGUGGUCCAAUGAGCUUAACUUUAUAUGCGACCGACCCUGAAUUUCAACAAGCUAUGAAAUACUUAGAUAAUUUAGAUGUAGUAAAAGAUCGUACAAACAUCGCUUUUCAUGUUGUUUUCAAAAACGGCGAAUAUCAUCCAAUUAACAUUUUACGUAACGUCGCUUUAAAACACGUUAAUACUCCAUACGUAUUUUUAGCUGAUAUUGAUUUCGUUCCUAUGUAUGGUUUGCAAGUGAUUAUAAGAGAAAAUAUAGGAAAGAUAGGAAAUAUGAACAAAAAGGCACUUAUUGUACCAGCUUUUGAAACUCAAAGGUAUAAAACGAAAUUUCCGAAAAGUAAACGAGAAUUAAUUUCCAUGUGGGAGAAAAAAUUUAUUCACACUUUUCGUUAUGAUGUUUGGGCUUCUGGACACGCUCCCACGAAUUAUACCAAAUGGAGACACUCCACCAUUUCCUACAAGGUUAAUUGGGAACCAGACUUUGAACCUUACAUUGUUGUAAGUUCGAAUGUGACCCAAUAUGAUAAUCGAUUUAUGGGGUUUGGAUGGAAUAAAGUUUCUCAUAUCAUGGAGUUGGAAGCGCAAAGUUAUGAGUUUUGGGUACUUCCAAAUGCAUUUAUUAUUCAUAAACCACAUGCUCCAAGUUAUGAUAUUGUACAAUUUAGAAAAUCGCCUACUUAUAGAAUGUGUCUUCAAAAUUUAAAAGAAGAAUUUGUGUCCAUGUUAAAAAAUAAAUAUAAUCGAAUAUUUGAUCAAAACAAAGCGGCUAUUGAUAUAUAUUGAAACGAUUUUGAUGAUACUUUUACAAUUUCACUAAAUUAAUAAUUUUUAUUCCGAUUUCUGCAUCCUUAAUUAUAAUAUUUCCUAGAGUUGUAACUACGUUAUUUUCUUAAAUAUGUGAUUAUCAAUAGAAAUAUUUUUAUUAUACGUAAAAAUAAACUCUGUAACUACACA